CAACCGCAUUCCUCCCACCACCACUCUUUCUCCAAACACCUGACGUCUUGUCGCCUUCUCUCGUUUCACCCUCUCGUUCGUCGCCAGGCGUCUUUCCCUGCUUCUUCUCUCGCUUUUCCCAUCCUUGCUUCCUUGCUGCCUACGCCUCUUCAUCUACGGCUCGAGGAAGGUUGAUCCUGCCCGGACCGUCUUACUUUAAUACUUCUUUGCUUAGUGCCCAUAUUACGACCUUUUCCUACCCAUUCUGUUAGACGGGCCCCUCACGAUCUGCAUUAACCGCCCAUAUCCAGAGCGUCUGGCCGUUCCAGCGCCAGUCUGGGAGCAUCUCUCACGACUCUUUCGCCUCUCCAGGCGACACAUUCCACCAUGAGAGGUCACAGUACAUAUGCCAACAUGCUUACGCCUUUCCUACUACUCGCCAGUCUCCCCAUAGGAGCGCUGGCCGGCGAUAUUCUCAAGACGGAUGGCUUCAGCUCCUGCCAGUCGGACGCGGAGAUCCAAGUGAAGAGACUCGAUAUGGAGUUCAAUCGGGCGACGAAGAAGAUCGACUUCGACAUUUCUGCAUACAGUGCGAAGGUACAGAACGUCACAGCGUCCAUGAUAGUGACGGCAUACGGCAAACAAGUGUACCAGAAGGACUUCAACCCUUGCGACAAGGAUAACUAUGUUCAGCAGCUAUGUCCAGUGCCCGAGGGCGACUUCUCCGCAAAAGGGGAGCAACAAAUCCCAGACAACUUCAUCUCCCAGAUCCCAUCCAUCGCCUUCAGCGUUCCCGACCUGGACGGCCAAGCAACCCUCCAACUUAAAUCACUGGAGACUGGAAAGGAACUGGCUUGCAUACAGUCGUCGGUGAACAACGGGAAAUCUUUCAACGUCCCGGCUGUAUCAUACGUUGCUGCCGGUAUAGCCGGUGCUGCACUCAUCCUGUCUGGCGUUUCCGCCCUUGGAGCUGGACAUGGCGGUGCUGCCACAUCAAGCCCAACCUUUGGAGAAGUGAUUGGAUGGUUCCAGUCCAUGGCCCUGAACGGCAUGAUGAGUGUCUCAUAUCCCGGCAUCUACAAGAGCUUCACCAAGAACUUCGCCUUCAGCGGUGGCUUGAUAUACUGGGAGGGAAUGCAGACGUCCAUCGACAACUUUCGCAAAUCAACAGGCGGUAACCUGACCGAAGACAGUGUCGCUUACCUGAAGAAUGUGACUCUGGUUAGCCCUUCAUCGAACAAAAAUCUCACCACGCGUGGACUGGAAAGCUUCGUUCUCUUUGCCCGCGACUCUCUCAACACCCAGGUCAAUGGGACAAACGCCAACAGCACCUCUGACAGCAAGCUCAUGCACACUGUUUCCGGUAUCCAGGCCUACGUCGAGGAACUCACCAUUCCUCAAGCUAACACCUUCAUGACGGUUCUUCUAGUUUUUGCAAUUGUCAUUGCGGCCAUCACUGUCGGUAUUCUCCUUUUCAAGGUCAUUCUCGAAACAUGGGCACUAUUCGGAACCUUCCCCAAGAGCCUCACGAGCUUCCGCAAGCGUUACUGGUGGCUCCUCGCGAAGACCAUCACCAAUCUGAUUCUCCUUCUCUAUGGUGUCUGGGUGCUUUACUGUGUGUACCAAUUCACGAACGGCGAUUCCUGGGCCGCCAAACUGCUAGCAGGUGUCACUCUAGCCAUGUUCACUGCCAUUCUCGCAUUCUUCACUUGGAAGAUUUGGCAUACUGCCAGCAAGUUUAAGAAGAUGGAGGGAGACGCCGCAGCGCUAUACGAUGACAAGGAAAUCUGGAGGAAGUACAGCCUGUUCUAUGAGAACUAUAAGAAGGCCUAUUGGUGGAUCUUCGUACCAUCCAUCGUCUACAUGUUCGCUAAGGGCUGUGUUAUCGCCGGCGCUGAUGGCCAUGGACUUGUCCAGUCAGCUGGCCAGCUCAUCGUCGAGUCUCUACUCUUCAUCGUCCUCCUCUGGUCCCGCCCAUACUCUUUGAAGUCUGGCAACUGGAUCAACAUCACCAUCCAAGUCGUCCGCGUGCUCUCGGUAGUUUGCAUUUUAGUCUUCGUCGAGGAGCUCGGCGUGGCACAGACGACAAAGACAAUCACCGGCCUCGUCCUCGUGGUUAUGCAAUCUGUCUUGACCGCCCUCCUCGCCAUCCUGAUCGCCGUCAACGCCAUCAUCGCCUGCUGCCGCGACAACCCUCACCGCAGGAAGAGGAAGGAAGCCGAAAAACUCAACCGCGACCUCGACACCCUCACCCCCCUCGACGCUCGCAACUCCCUCCUCAUGGACCCCACCGGCUACAAGAGCACCGACGUCCGUGGCCCCAUGGUCUCCGCCAACCCGCUUGGCCCUUACGAGCAGGUGCCCCUAAACGAGCAAACCACAGGCUACAGCGGUCGCCGCGCAUUCGGUCAAACAGAAGACCAAAACCCAUUGCUGACCGACUCGGCGAGCUUCGGCGGCCGCAGCACCAGCCAUGGCCGGAGCAUAAGCCACAGCCGGAGCGAGAGUCGUGGACGCAGCGUGUCGCCGCCUAGUGGUCGGGCACCGCGGCUACCGGACAUCGACUUGGGCGCACCGGGGACUUAUGGAGGACGGCCAGCAUACUAAACGCCUCCCUUUCUUUUAUUGUACGGCCAGCGCUGUAACCUUGUAGCAGCGAUUGUAUAAAAGAGAGAGAGAGGAGAAAACUAUUAACAAGAGCUUCACUUUGUACAUGCUUAUAGGGUUACGACAAGACCCUUUCUUUUUGUGCUGUUUUUGGUUAGCGACUACCUGGUUUGGUUUGGUUUGGCUUUGGGCUUCAGUCGGUGGUUUUUGGAUGAUUUCCGAGAAGAACGGAAUAUCUACAUCACUCACCCCCCCCCCCAAUGAAACGGACGGCUUCUUUUGUUUUUGGAAAAUUUGCGAACCUUGCGAAACUUUUACCCAUAGAACACUGUUAAUUUGAAUAGCGUUGCAUGUGCGUUGCGCCAGUGGCGAGCGUGCCGGAGCGGAG